GUCCAAUCAGAUCCCCCAACGCCAGUCGUUUCCUUAUAAAAAAGGUCCGAAUCGCGCUUCGGCACCGGAGAAUGGUAGAAACACAGAAGGAACAUCUCAAGACGAAACAUUGGACCCGCAAGUCCUUUCGUUCAUUUUUAAAAUUUCUCGUUUCUCCAGGUUUGUUAUAGCAGGAAUUUAAAAAAAACAAUAGAAAAGAUGGCCACGUCGUCCAGCGCAAGCUUGAGCAAAGUCAUCAAGCAGCAGUACAUGGAGCUGCCUCAAGGGGAUAAAGUCCAGGCCAUGUACAUCUGGGUGGACGGGACUGGGGAAGGCCUGCGGUGUAAAACCAGAACUUUGGAUUUUGAGCCCAAAAGUGUUGAAGACCUACCCGAAUGGAACUUUGACGGGUCCAGCACGUACCAGGCCGAAGGUUCCAACAGCGACAUGUAUCUCAUCCCCGCCGCCAUGUUCCGCGACCCCUUUCGCAAAGAUCCAAACAAGUUGGUGCUCUGCGAGGUGUUCAAGUACAACCGCAUGCCUUCAGAAACCAACCUGCGACUGACGUGUAAUAAGGUGAUGAAGAUGGUAGCGGAUCAGGUUCCCUGGUUUGGCAUGGAGCAAGAGUACACCAUCCUGGGCACGGACGGUCACCCCUUUGGCUGGCCAUCCAACGGAUUCCCGGGACCUCAAGGGCCAUACUACUGCGGUGUGGGAUCAGACAAAGCCUACGGGAGAGAUAUCGUGGAGGCCCAUUACAGAGCUUGCCUCUAUGCUGGGGUUCAGAUCUGUGGAACAAAUGCGGAAGUCAUGCCGGCCCAGUGGGAGUUCCAAGUUGGCCCGUGCGAAGGGAUCGACAUGGGCGACCACCUUUGGGUGGCGCGCUUCAUCCUGCACCGCGUUUGCGAAGACUUUGGGGUGAUCGCCUCUUUUGACCCCAAGCCGAUCCCCGGCAACUGGAAUGGCGCCGGCUGCCACACAAACUUCAGCACAAAGGAGAUGAGAGAGGACGAUGGACUAAAAGCCAUCGAGGACUCCAUCGAGAAGCUGGGCAGGAGGCACAGCUAUCACAUCCGUGCCUACGAUCCCAAAGGGGGGCUGGACAACGUCCGCCGCCUCACCGGCCACCACGAGACCUCCAACAUCAACGAGUUCUCUGCGGGCGUGGCCAACCGCGGCGCCAGCAUCCGCAUCCCGCGCAAUGUGGGCCAUGAGAAGAAAGGUUACUUCGAGGACCGCCGCCCGUCGGCCAACUGCGACCCGUACAGCGUCACCGAGGCGCUCAUUCGCACCUGUUUGCUGAGCGAGGAGGGUGACGAGCCCGCGGAUUACUGAAUCCACAAAUCGUGGAUUGACUCCCACUGCCAACCCCCCACCCCGCCCCUCCUACAUUGAUCUUUUCUUUUAACUAGUACUGUAUUCCCUUUCCCCACUUCUCCCUUAGAACUGUCUUAACCUCCAUUUAAUAGGCUUGUCGAGUUGGCUGGUCAACUUCAAACGGUCAAUUGAUAUCUUUGGUAGCUCCCCUCUGGUCAUGGCAGGGUACCUUCCCCUCAUUGUUAGAAGGGAUUGGUUUUUGUAACAGAUUUUCUAGCCAUGUCGAUGCCGUUCCUCACCCGUCCACCCCCUAAAUGAACUAAAGCCCAUGGACACUGAAGCGUAGAGCUGCUAAGGCAGGACACGGCGCAUGUACGACGUAAGAAAUAUUUAGUGCUCGUUUCCAUUGUUGCUGACCUUCCCUUUCCCACGGUACUAACGCUUUGAGUUUUAAGAUGAAGUGUAAUUUUAAUGGCAACGUUUGUCUUCAGAUUUCUGACACACUGAGUCACCCGUGUCGAUACACUGUGUAGAUGUUUGUGCCCAGAUGACGUUCAACUGUGGUGGAUCUGUCCAUAAUGCCAUUUGUAGUUUCCUCAAGGAGUUUUAUCCUUUCUUUAAUGCGCCCCAUUUGGUAAAUUUGUCAAGUUUACUGAACCUGGGUUAUUUUUCUCUUGAUACAUUUAAAACUUAUUUUUAUCACAA